GGCAUUCCUCUCAUAAAGUAAGAGGGCGAGGAGGGGCUGGAAGAAGGGGGGCGAGAGAGAGAGGCAGAGGAGCGGAGUUAAAGCUACAGGAGGCCUGAUCCGUGCAAGAACCGGGCUUCCUCCUGCGUCGGGGAGGAGCGAAAGUUUUGCGUCCCACCGACGGCGGGGAGGUUUGGGGAAGGCGCUCGCUCCCGGGGCGGACCUUGCUCUUGCAGUCGCCCCACCAGCAGCAGCACCCAAGCAGAAGGGCACCCCCACCCACCCACCCAGCCAGCCAAGCACCCAGAAGUGGCUGAUCGCGGCCGUCCGGGCAGCCUCCCGCGAUGGACGCGAUGCAAGUGGAGAAGAGCAGCGCGUACGUUUCGCCGUCCAGCCCCGACGGGCCUCUGGAUCGCGGCAGCCCUAGUCCGGCGCCGUCGUCGGGCAGCCGUAGCCCCAGUUUGCAGCCGGGGCCGACGGCGACGGGGGCUCCGGGAGCUCCGGGCGAGGCGGUCCGCGACAGCUCUCAAGUGAACGCCAUCACGGUGCUGACUCUUUUGGACAAGCUGGUCAACAUGCUGGACUCGGUGCAGGAGAAGCAGCAGAAGAUGGAGCAGCGUCAGGUGGACCUGGAGGGCUCGGUCAAGGGCAUCCAAAGCGACCUGAGCAAGCUGUGCAAGCAGCACACGUCCACCAGCAACACGGUGGCCAAGCUGCUGGAGAAGUCGCGCAAGGUCAGCGCCAACACGCGCGAGGUGCGGGAGCGCAUGGACCGCCAGUGCGCGCAGGUGAAGCGGCUGGAGCACAACCACGCGCAACUGCUGCGCAGGAACCACUUCAAGGUCCUCAUCUUCCAGGAAGAAAACGAAAUCCCGGCCAGCGUGUUUGUGAAAGAGCCUGUUCCCAGUAUUACUGACGGGAAGGAAGAGCCUGUUGAUGAGAACAAAACUUUGGAGGAAACCUUGCACACUGUAGAGCUUUCCUCAGAGGAUGAAGCACCCCAUGAUGAAGAGGGGGCAGACGAUAGCAUGGAUGAGAAAAUUGGGGAGACGAGAGCUGAGAAAAUCAAGAGGUCGAGCCUCAAGAAGGUGGACAGCCUGAAGAAAGCGUUUUCCCGCCAAAAUAUCGAGAAGAAGAUGAACAAGUUCAGCACCAAGAUCGUCUCUCAUGAGAGGAGGGAGAAGAUUAAGAAGUCCCUCACCCCUAACCACCAAAAGUCCUCCUCGUCAAAAAGCUCAUCUUUCAAGGUCUCUCCCCUCACGUUCAACGUGAAGAAAGUUCGGGAUGGAGAUCCCUCCGCAGAAACGGAAGACAAGCCGGCAGAGGCUACCGGCAGUGAGCACACUGCAAACGAUGAGGAGACAUCCUUCACCGAGAUUCACUCCGACCUGGCCUCUCCCAGUUCUCUGGCGGAGGAAGGGAAAGCCUUUGCUGACUCCCUGGAAAGAGAAAACGGGAGUGAAGGAGAUGCAGUGGUCAACAACAACAUCGAGCUCGCCAUCGUUGAAGAAGGAGAUGACUAUAGGGCUUCGCUCGAAAUCAGGCAGGAACUCUACGAUGAAAGGAGCAAGCCGACCAGCGGGGAGAUGGAGCACUCCGACGAAGAAUCAAGCCAGGCCGCUGUCCUCCACGUCAACCAAACUGCAUAAAUCGUCUGAGCCGCCUUUUAUGUUUCUAUAUGCUUUUUUUUUUUGUAGUUACAUCAGUAAAACAGGGCUGUUACACAAUAAACAAGGGGCAACAGUAACCUAA